CGGGGUGGUAGCAUGAAGGAGGCGUGGCCUUCUGGCUGCUAAACUGGCUGGACUGGAGGUGAUUUCCAGUCCUUCUGCGGGAGCAUAAGUGGCGCUUUGUAUCUGGAAAUGGCGCAGUCAACCCUCGACUCGAUGCCCGGAGCCUCGACGGGGACCGUGGUUGUCACGGAGCCUCUGAACUUCUGGGGUGGAAAACGAGUGAAACCCAGGGGGGAGAAAAACGCUGAGCCCGUGUUUGAGCCUGCAACUGGCCGGGUCCUGUGUCAGAUGGUGCCCUGUGGGGCUGAGGAGGUGGACGAAGCCAUACAGAGUGCCUGCGCCGCCUACCAGAAGUGGAGCAAGAUGGCAGGCAUGGAGAGGGCUCGGGUGAUGUUGGAGGCUGCUCGCAUUAUCAGGGAAAGGAGGGAAAAAAUUGCAAAGCUGGAAGUGAUCAACAAUGGGAAAUCCAUCAUUGAGGCUCUGGUGGAUAUUGACAUUGCCUGGCAGAGCAUUGAGUACUAUGCCGGCCUGGCUGGUACACUUGCGGGCCAGCACAUCCAGCUCCCUGGAGGAGCAUUUGCUUACACUAGACGGGAGCCACUUGGUGUGUGUGUGGGAAUCGGUGCAUGGAACUACCCUUUCCAGAUUGCAUCAUGGAAGUCUGCUCCUGCUCUGGCAUGUGGUGACUUGCUCUGCCAUCAUCCAAAAGUCGCUAAAGUCUCUUUCACGGGGAGUGUUCCUACAGGCAAAAAGGACAUGACCUGUGUGAAGGAGGAGAUUUUUGGCCCUGUCAUGUCCGUUUUGCCUUUUGACACGGAGGAAGAAGUGAUCAAGAGAGCCAACAACACCACCUUUGGACUGGCCUCUGGGGUCUUCACCAGGGACAUUUCUCGAGCCCAUCGCGUGGCUGAGAACCUGGAGGCAGGGACCUGCUUUAUCAACAAUUACAACAUCAGCCCUGUAGAGGUGCCGUUUGGAGGAUACAAGAUGUCGGGUUUUGGCAGAGAGAACGGCCAGGUGACCAUCGAGUACUACUCCCAGCUGAAGACUGUAGUGGUGGAAAUGGGUGACGUCGAAAGCCUCUUCUAAAGUUUUACACCACUGUGACAGAACUGACUAGAGCUUUUCACUUCUCCCUUCUUACUGUGUUAGGCUGACACAUAAUUAAUGCAAAGUGUGUGGAACAUGAUGUAGACAAGCAUAGAUGCUGAGCACUCUCCCCCCCCCAAAGUAUUCAGUACUUCAUUAUUACAUCAGUAAGUGAAGGAUAGUUGGAUUUAAAAGUUGGGGUUUUCUGAGGAAACACAAGUGUGCAACGCUGGAACCAGCAUUAGAGGAAGACUUCUUUGUACUGUUGUUUGGACAGCUGCUCCUUUGUAUCAAAAUAAACUUGUAGAAGCAAA